AUGAGCUCCCGUAACAUAAUCCAUCUACUGUAUGCAACACAGAGACCUGCUUCUUUCUAUCCCAUCAGUGCCUCCAAUGGUAAGGUGUAUGUGGCCCAAGUGAAGGAAAGAGCUGCAGCCAGGAAAAUUUACGACGCCGCUAAGAAGCAAGGAAAAUCAGCCGGAUUGGUCGCUACCAAAGAAAGGGAAACUGAGAAGUUUCGCGUAGCGGUGAGCGUGCCGCCUGGAACUCGGGUGAAUUUCCUCCUGACCUACGAGGAGCUGUUGCCUCGUCGACUCGGCCGCUACGAGCUCAGCUUAGGUCUGAGACCGGGGCAAGCCGUGCAGAACCUCACGUUAGACAUCAGCAUCCACGAGAGGACGGGCAUCAGCUUCGUCCGAGUUUUACCUCUAAAGACCAGCCGACUGCUGUCAAACACAGCCCAGGGUGACCCAGCCUCCCCUCCCUUCACUCGGGUCGAGCAGAGCGAUCGCUGUGCUAGGAUUCACUACAGCCCAACUUUACAGCAGCAAAACAGUGGAUCCUCCAAGGGCUUAAACGCAGACUUCAUUGUUCAGUAUGACGUGGAUCUCACAGACCCAAUGGGCGACGUUCAGGUGUAUGAUGGCUACUUUGUGCAUUACUUUGCACCAAGGGGGCUUCCAGUGGUUCCCAAGGACAUUAUAUUUGUCAUUGACAUCAGUGGCUCUAUGAUAGGCACCAAGAUAAAGCAGACAAAGCAGGCAAUGAAUACCAUCCUUGGAGACCUUAGAGAAGGAGACCACUUUAACAUCAUAACCUUCUCAGACAAGGUUCACACCUGGAAGAAAGGCCGAACAGUGCGAGCAACUCGGCAGAACGUACGAGAGGCCAAGGAGUUUGUGAGGAGAAUUAUCGCAGAAGGAUGGACCAACAUCAACGCGGCUCUGCUGUCAGCAGCCCAGCUUGUUAACCCUUCAUCCUCUGCGUCGUCUAGCCGUCUUGCUUCCCAGCGGGUCCCGCUGGUUAUCUUUCUGACAGACGGUGAAGCAACCACGGGGGUAACGUCCGGUGAUACCAUCCUUAACAACGCCAAGAAGGCAUUGGGCUCAGCUACUCUGUUUGGCAUUGCCUUCGGCGAUGACGCUGACUUCCUUCUUCUUAAACGCCUGGCUCUGGAAAACCGAGGUGUGGCCAGGAUGGUGUAUGAGGAAGCAGACGCAGCUUUGCAGCUCAAGGGUUUCUACGAUGAAGUGGCCAGUCCUUUACUAUCCGAUGUCCAGCUUUCCUACAUGGACGAUCAAGCGUUUGAUGUCACCCGCUCCCUGUUCCCAAACUACUUCCAAGGUUCGGAGUUAGUCGUGGCGGGGAAGGUCAAACCUGGAGUAAAAGACUUUAAAGUUUCAGUCACAGCAACUGAUUCAAAGCAGAACAUAAACCUAGAGGAUAACGUGCUUGUUUCCAGUACAAAGGAAAACGGAAGUACUGUUUUUUUAAGUUGUUCUGAAGAGUUGAAAGGGGUGUCUAAUUUUGUGAGUCGUCUCUGGGCAUAUUUCACCAUCAAAGAGCUGCUGCUGGCCAAACUCAAUACAACUGACCCUGUAGCCCAACGCUUACUGGCAGACAAAGCCGUUAAUCUCUCCCUUAAAUAUAACUUUGUUACCCCAGUCACUUCUUUGGUCGUUGUCAAACCAGAUGUAGAUGAAGCAGCUCAGGCUCUGACCACUAUGAAACCUGCAACUACUGACACUACCGCCACCACAGCAGCAACAACAGUGGUCCCCAUCAAAACAUUUUCUGCUAGAGCUCUUAAAAAGCCCAGCCUACCCACUGACCACAGGGCUAAGGUAUCCAAACCAGAUCCACCUCAACCACCUCCAUAUAAACAGAAAAGUAAAACAAAGUCUUUGCCCACAGCUUUUGGUAAAACUGCAGUUUCACCGACCAAAAAAACAACUAUCAACACAACUCCCAGUCCUUACAAAACCGCCCCAGUGCCCCUCUCCAUAAAAAAGCUUGAUGCGUCCCAGAAUAACACUAAAACACCCAUUAUGCCUUCUUUGUCUGCAAAGAUACCCGCCUCGCUUCUACAUGCUAUAAAAACAGCACAGCCUCCUGCACCUGGAAAAACAUCCACACCGAUGCCCAAUGCCAUGAAAAUAACCACCAUUUCAACAACACCAGUUAUGCAGACAUUUGACACCAGCACUUCACCUCACUUCAGUUCAUCCAAAACUGGCCCUGCACCUCCGACAAGAAGAAUCUCCCCCCAGGAGCCUAGCAGUAGGAAGACAGUCGUCCCUUCUCUCAGAGAGACAGGGCCAUCCUUGGAGGUGGAGAACCAAAGCAGAUCAACCUCAGAACUUCAUCAGUCUCAAACCACUCCAGCAAUUCCACUAAUCCCUCCCACCCCAGCCUCUGCCUUAGUGGUGCGACACAACAGUUCAGAUGUGGAUGUUGACACUGAUCUGGGCAUUGCCACCUUGGUUUUGGGUACUUUUGCUCCCAUGCCCGGCGUUACCAAUGGACCUGGACUGUGGGAAGCAAAUGGCUUUCUGGAUGUCUCUACUUCCAUUCAGAGCGAAGAAGAUCUAAACCUUUUAAAAGAUUAUGAUGCAACAUAUAAUUAUGACUAUGACAUCAGCUACGAUACUUGGGACGGCAGCAGCGAUUCAUUUGAACCUCAAUCCAGGCUGAACUCUGUGAAGCUCUUCUCAUCAGUUGAUGGAGAUCCUCAUUUUGUGGUCCAGCUUCCAAAGUUGAACCAGAACCUGUGUUUCACCGUGGACGGCAGAGCCAAUGAUGUCCUCAGACUUUUGGAGGAUCCAGAGCGAGGUAUCAUUGUGGAUGGUCACCUGAUGGGGGCUCCCCCAAAGCCCGGAGCAGAAGGCCGUUCCAGAACGUACUUUGACCGGCUCAGCAUCUCAUUGCCGGCAGGUCGUUCUGCUGACAUCAUGAUCACCUUGUCACUGGAUGGUGUGGUUGUGGAUGGCGAAGGAAGGGAGAUCCUGCCUGUUAAUCAGCAGGGAUCAGUGACGAGGCAGGGUGUGACGGUGACCAUGGAUAACCAUCAGAGCUGCUGGAUCGAGCUGGUUAAAGGUGUGAGGUUCCUGGUUCUGUUCCAUCACUACAAACACCCCAACUACCUGCAGAUGGCUCACCUGGGCUUUUACAUCACAGACGGAAGGGGGCUGUCAGGGUUAACCCAAGGCCUGCUGGGUCAGUUCCAGCACUCUGACAUGACCCUAACCGUGACGAACGAUCAUCGCCACAAAGAGGCUCACCCUCACAACAAAGAGGAGAUUCUAGCGAGGGGGGUCCUGCAGUGGGGAGCGCAGCAGAUGGGGGUGACUUUACAAGAGAAGACGGUGAAAGACUCCCUGCAGAAGCGCCACCCGGGGAAAUGCUGGGUGGUUCCCAAGUCUGAGAUCGAGGCGCUGCUGGGUCACCCCUACGAGAGCUACGUGGUGAACGCCGCGUAACCCCGAGCGAGACGACCACACCUGUUCUUUGUCCAGUAAUCGAAAAGCAUGAGGCCAGCUGAGAGUCUGCUGGGUAGAAACAGACGUUACGGUCAGACAGAGAGGCGGUUGUGAAACAGGAACGGGUGGUUUGGAGAGAAAAAGGAAGAAGUUAGAUGAAUCAAAGGGAAAAUGUGCAGAGAACUGAACAGAGCCUCUUUAUUACUCUCCGUCUCUGACUGGAUCUGGAUCGGUCACGCAUGGAGCCUCCGUGUGCUUUCUGGUUGCAUGGCAACAACAGAUCCCCCAUUUAUGCUGCCUUAUGAAAUCCCACGUAUUUAUUGGACUAAUAUUUAUCAUUCUUUUCUGUAUAAACCAUGAGUAAUUAUUAAAAGCAUCAUUCUAGGAUAUAAGAAAGAGAGAAGCAGUGGUUCCAGGUUUGCCAUGUGCUUUUUUUUAUUUUUCUAUCAUUUUAUUUCAUAGUUUAGUUGGUUUUAUUUGUUACACAAGACAUUAGGUAUUGUUCACAUACUAGUGAUCAAACAAGGACAGUAAAGUCUUCUACUACUCAGCCUGGACUAUUUCUUUUUCUCAACUGUCGAGGGAUGUUGUUGAUAGUGUGUUUUUUUUUUUCCCAAAGGCCAUACUGGAUGAAAAUAAAGACAGCGCAACCACACACAAGGCUUCUUUUCUGAGUAAAAAUAAAAACAAA